UUCAGUCGUUUUGACAAGUAAGAGAUUUUGGGCACAAUAACUAAUAAGUUGACAUGGACGGCCAAGCCAACAUGCUAGAGUUGGAUACAGAGACAGAUACUGAUCUCCAGGAGUUGGACUUUGGUGAGAUCAGACAACAACGGUUUGACAGAAAUAAACACUUUCUUGAGACCGUUGAUCCGGGUGCGGCUGCCAAGGUUUUUCCAAGGACAGAGGCGGAGAUAGCAGAAGACUCCUUCCUCAACCAUGAAGAGUAUGCUGCUAUACAUAUCCAGCGUCACUGGAGGGGCUUCAAGGGCAGACAAAUCUAUGUCAACAAAUUGUUCGAGAAAUAUGAAAAGGAUGAAGAGCAGCAACACAGGAGGGUUGUACAACAGAUGGAGGAGGGCGAUCUUCUCGUUGAAAAUCACCAACUCGAGGUUCUUCUUGAAGAUGGUGUCACAGUAAGGAGGAAUGCAAAACGUCGCCUCAUCUUCCAUGUUAUACAAAUACAGAGGGCUUGGAGGUCAUACCUAGAAAGAAAACACAGUAAAGGUCAAGGUCACUCUGCAGCUGGUAAUCAUGGUAAUAACCCAAAUUGUAUCCCAGCAACAGCUGUGAAUUCUAACAAUGAGAAAGACACAGAUGACCAACAAAGUGAUAAUGAUGAGGGGUUUAUGUUUAAUCCAUUAUUAGACAACACAGUAUGUGAAAGUGGUUGGGUUUUAUCGGAGAAUUCUAGUCGUGAAUCUUUUGAUAAUGUCAUUGGCAAUAAAGAUUUGUCUGGGAGAAAUAAAUGUCAAGGGAAUGAAGAUUUGUCACCUACUCAACAAAGAAAAAGACAUUUUCUGUUACAAGCACAUCAGUUCGCUGAAUUAAAGAAACAGAAUUCAAACGUGUUGCCAUUUAAUUUGCAUAUACACCUAAAUCAGGCAGAGAGUAUUACUUAUGAUAUUGACCAUUCAAGAAUGACAACAAUGGCACCAGAAAAUGAAAAACUAGUGCUACCUGAACACUGUGGGCCAUCACAAGAGAAAAACUUGUUAGAUUUUGAAAAUAGUACAGUUAAUGCAAAUGGUGUUGAAAGAACUAAGGGGAGUAAUUCAAAUCCUGAAAAUGUCUGUGAUAAGUCUAAGGGAGGUAACUACAAUUCAUAUAAGUGUGAAAAAUGUUCUAAGGGAGAGGACUGUGAUACAUGUGAUGAGGAGAGACCAUUUGAUGUGUACAAUAUAGAGACAGCCAUGCCAAACAUGGACUGGAAAACCUUAGAGGCAAAAUUACGCAUCGCCAGUGAGCAGGCAAAACUAAUCCAAGAGGCUCGUCGGAAUGACCGAGAGGAGAUUCGAAAAAAACUUGCUUUUGGUGGAGAGGAUGAUAGUUACGAUGAUAAUGAAGAUGAAGAGGCGGGAUUUUCCAAACCAAGGCUUCAAUCUCGGCUACACUCCGGACUGCAGAUAUGCUUUAUGAACGAGUCCCCUGGUGACACAGAUAACGAGGGAGUGUCGCCACGGCAACCAGAUAUCCAUGACAAUGCCAGACUCAUGGCAAAGGUCAGCAACCUAGUCGACUCUGAUAACAACUUGAGCACAGUUGAGGACCUAAACCAGUCUAGUACCCCACCCACCACCGCAACACAGAGCUGCAGUCCUCCGAGAUUAAAAGCAGGCGAUCUCCCUUCUCCAGCAGACGACUUCCAUUCUCGGCAAGAACGGCUCCAAAAUGAGGCUAAACUUGCACUUGCUCAGGCGGGGUCCAUGGCCCAUAUGCAACUGGAGAUCGAGAAACAGACGAAGAAAAAGUCUCCAAUUGCGGAAAUGGCUGGAAUACCGGGAUUGGGAGAGCGUAGAAGGAAGAAGCUGGCACCUAGACAGCUUCAACAGAUGAACCUCGCUCAAACACAGGUCCUCUACAAUGACCUACAGACUCAAAUUGAAAGUUUAAAUGAAGAUCUAGUACGACUACUUAUGGAGAGGGAUGAACUCCACAUGGAGCAGGACUCCAUGUUGGUCGAUAUAGAGGACCUAACCAGACAUGCAGAAGAGCUUGCAGACCGAGCAAAUCGACAAGCCAACGCAAAAUCCACUAGUUCAAAAGGGAAAAUGCCGGCCAGAUAGCAUACAGCCUGUGACAAAGUGGGAACACAUGGACCUAAACUUUAGGCUAGAGUGUACAAAUCCACUUCAAGCUUGAAUUUGAAAUUAUAGGUGUUGAAAAUUCUCAUCAUAAUGAGCGAUACUUAAAUGUUCACAUGAGCUUAUAAGUCAUCUAAUUCAAAUGUGGAACAGGUUUAAAGCUGCACUCUCACAGAUUGACUGUUUUGAUAAAAGAUCAGGGGUGGUAUUCAAUAUGUAAUUUAAGUCAAUCUUAUGGUCAUACAUGAUUGACUUCAUUCACUCUAUUGGUCAGUUAUAAAUAACAAGCAACCUGAUUAGCUACAUCGUUCUUAGAUCCAGUUAAGACCAGUAUAGAAUACCAGCCCUGAUCAUAGUUUUUCAUAUUUACAUUUGAAAAAUGAUAUUUAGGACUGAAAGUGUUACCAAUGCUUUAUUAAAAAUGAUUUUUUCAGCAGUUUUCAAACCACUGAGUUCUGUUCAAAUUGGAAUUACCUUAUAUGACUGAAUUGAAGGCAUUGAUACAAAAAUCAUCUGAUUCCGAGACAAAAACUAAUAAAAAGUCAAUACUGUCAAUCUGUGAGAGUGCAGCUAUAAAGCAGUGAUUUAUCUGACUGUUUUGUUUAAUAAUUAUUUAUUUUGAAGUCUUGUUUGAUACAAGAUCUAUUUAUCAUAUAAAAAUGAUAUGAAAUAUGAUAUGAUAUGAUUUAGAUACUAAAAAUUGAUAAUUAGAGGUAUGAAGGUAAAGAGUAACUAUUAACCAUUAAAUGUUAUUUAUUGAAAACCUUUUUCAAAAAUGUUCCUUUAUCCAUAACUCAUUACUUUUUCUGUUAAAGCUGGUAAAAUUGAGAUAUUUGAAGUUGACUUGUCAUAAAAAAAUUUUUUAGCUUUUAGCUUAAACAUUUUAUGGUAUCAUUAAAACUGAACCAAUACUGUUGUACUGUUUAUUGACCUUUGUUCAGAUAAUGUUUAAUGUUUAAAAGCCAGAUUUCACAGCAAUAUCACUUCAAAGAAUAUCAAUUUUAUGGAAAGUUUGAAUUGCAAUUUCUUUAUUUUGAAUAAAAAAAUGAAUUAUCCAAGCUAUUGCAACAGGCCAUAUUCACGAAAAGGACUAAAAAAUGUUAUUGUUACUCGUUGCAUCAUUUCAAGCAACACCAAAGCUAUUAUCAUUCUGAUAUUUUGCUUGUGCUUCCUUGAACAACCUGUGUGUCAUAUUUAUCUAAGGCCACUUUUAAUAAAUAGUUGGUAUGUGGUUCCCCAACUGACUCACGAACAU